UAUGACGAAACAAUAGUUUAAUUCGACAAUAGUAUCUUCUCUUCUCAUCCAAAACUGUAUUCAAAAACAUUUAAUUAAUUUGGCAUAAGAAUUUAUAAUGAAAUUGAUUCAAAUACAUUCUGUGGAUGGAAGAAAAAUAUCCGUUUCACAAUCGAUGCUUCGUAAAUUCAGUCCAACAAUAAAAUUCAUAUUGAAGCCAUAUUCGGAAAACGUAUCUAUGCACAUUUACUUGCCUUACGCAUUCGAAACUAUUAAGAUAAUCGAUGAAUUUAUGAAAAAUCAAUUUCCGGAAUUUUACUCGUUGAAGCAUGCAAUGGACGUUUAUCGAAUUAGCAAAAUAUUGUGCAUGUUUAUAUUAAAUAGAUACUGCCGAACUCGUUUGGCCCAGCCUAUUCAUAUACCACAUGUUUGUGCAAUUUACGAGCUUGCUUGCGAAAGCACUGAUUAUAUCUUACAAUAUUUUUGUUGGAGGAUGUUUAAUGAUCAUUGGGAUAAUGUAUUUUUUCAAAAUAAAAACGCUUUGAACUGUGGAGAAAUUGUGAUUCGUAGACUCGUUUCUCGUCCUAUGUAUCAAAAUUUGGACGAGAUGACCAUAUUUAAGAUUGUUUACGAAUGGGCAAGACGUAAAGUUAACGCGAAAACAUCUCUGCGGCAAGUGGUGGCUCCAUUCUUAGUCAAAAUCAGGUUUCUUACAAUGGAUGAUAAAUUUUUGAAAAGCUAUGUAUAUCCGAAACCACUCUUAACAGAACAAGAAGUAAAUGCCAUUCAACACUACAAAGUAACAUCUGACAAAUCAUUAAUUCCAGAUAGCAUUUCUAGAAGUCAUCUUUCGAGAAACGAUGAAAAACAUAGCUUUUGGUUCAUAUAUUGCAAUCGAAGUUAUUCCAUUCACGAUGAAGAUAUAAAUAUGGAAAACAAGUUCCAGUUCAUUUCGGAGAUAUUUGUUCUAGAAGAUUGUUUCCUCACUGGAAUCGAACUCCCAAUUUCUCAUGACAGCGAAGAAAGUAUAAGAAUAAGAAUACAGAAGUUUAUUGACAAUGGUAUUUGGAAUCCCGAAAAAGAAAAUAACCUAAAAAGUGAUCAAAACGGCAAGAUUAAAUUGAAAGAAGUCUUUUAUAUUUCGAAAUCUUCUACCUUUCGUGUGAUAGCUAAAAUUAAUGAAGAGGACAUCCUACGAAGUAACAUACGAAUUAGUAAUUCGGCAAGUCGUUAUAUUGUAAAUGAGGGAAUGGCCAUAAGUUCUGAAAAAAGUGCUCUGUUGAGUACAGAUAUAGAAUAUAUAUAUUGUAAUGUAAAUCUUUAUUUUUGAAGAAGUUUAAAAGAGACCCAUAGAAAAAUGUUUUCAAAAUUUCUAUAAUUUCUAUUUUAAUAUUUUAGUUUUCAUAAUGGGCAAAAUUUGUAAAAAAAAAAUUAUGAUAAUAUAUGGCACUUUAUAUAAGGAAUAAAAUCAUUCGAUGUAAUCCAGUUCAUUCUACUGCCCUGUCGUAUAUAGUGUAAUAUUUUUUAUGAUUGUUUCCUAAAUAAAAGCAAAAAAAUUAAAUCGUAAAUAAAAGAAAACGUGCAAAUUUAAACGUAAAUUUAAAACAAAGCUUAAUUUUUUAUUUGUCUCUUGAUGCGAGUUCGAUAUUAUGGCACUUAUGGAAGCAGAUUAAUGGCAAGUUUAACGAAAAUAGAAAUUAAUAAAGUUUUCUUUUGUU